AUGGCCAAGUACGCUUCAAACCUUCUGCUUCUUGUGGCUCUACUUUGUGCUUUUGCAGCUGCAAGAAUCAACUGUCUUGAUCAGAAUGGUAUCUGCAAAUCACUGGUGGAAACACAAGGCUAUACUUGCGAGGAUCAUCAAGUAACUACAGAAGAUGGUUACAUCCUUGGUUUGCAGAGAAUCCCAUCUGGAAAGUCCAGUAACAAUUCGACGGCUCAGAAGCUGCCAGUUUUAUUGCAACAUGGGCUUAUGGGGGAUGCUGGAUCAUGGCUGCUCAAUCCGCCAGAUCAAGCUUUGGCAUUUAUCUUGGCCGAUAAAGGGUUUGAUGUAUGGCUUGCUAAUGCUCGAGGAACGCAGGCUAGUCGCGGACAUAAGUCACUCAAUAAUAUCGAUCCGGCUUACUGGGAAUGGACAUGGGAUCAAUUGGCUGCUUAUGAUCUUCCUGCCUUCUUCAAUUAUGUGAAUAAUCAAACAGGACAGAAAGUACACUAUGUUGGCCAUUCAUUGGGAACAUUGUCAGUGCUAGCUGCUUUGUCACAACAAAAGCUGAGUACCACACUAAGAUCAGCAGCUUUGCUUUGUCCAGUUGCUUAUCUGGGUCAGAUGUCCACAUUGUUGGGAAGAAUUUCUGCUCAAUCAUAUACUGCCGAAGGACUCUACGCCACUGGAGUCCGGGAAUAUCCUCCUCCAGGGGAAGCUGCAGCACAAAACUUGGAGACUUUUCUCUGCUCACAACCGGGUGUGGACUGCUCCAAUUUUAUGGCCGCCGUAACCGGUCCUAAUUGCUGCAUAACUCCUACGAGUUCAAUUCUUCUCUUUCAGCAUAUACCACAGUCCACUUCCACAAAAAACAUGGUACAUAUGUCUCAAAUGAUCAGGAGAGGAACAAUAACAAUGUUCGAUUACGUUUUACCGGCCAUUAACAUGCAACGCUACAAUCAGCUUACUCCUCCAGUCUACAACAUGGCAAGCAUUCCGGAAGAUGUUCCUCUUUUCUUCGGCUAUGGAGGGAGAGAUGAACUUUCGGAUGUCAACGAUGUGAAGGCUUUGCUUAAUGACCUGAGAGAUCAUGACAAAGACAAACUUGUGGAACAAUACAUAGAGGAGUAUGCUCAUAUGGAUUUCAUUAUGGCUGGGAAUGCCAAUCAAAAAGUCUAUGAUCCUCUGCUCACUUUUUUCGGGCAAAAUUGA